AACCCUAUAUUUCUAUGCGAUCUAUGCAUGUUUGUAUAGAUCUAUAGAUACUUCGUUUAUAAGCUAAAAAAAAAAGGCUACCUAUAGGCUUCAUAUUGCUACUGAAGAUUGAUUCGUUGUAUUAGGGUUAUUAGUAGGGUUUCAAGGAAGAGCCAUGUCAGGUAAAGAUAAGAAAGCUUGCGGAGACGUGUUGGAUGACUGGAAAGAAUUCUUCUGGAACCCGAGGACCCGUGAAUUUAUGGGCAGAACCGGGAGCAGUUGGGCUCUUAUCCUUCUCUUCUACCUCGUCUUCUACUGCUUCCUGACUGGCCUUUUCGCUCUUACUAUGUGGGUGAUGCUGCAGACCCUGGAUGACUACAAACCGACCUACCAGGACCGCCUAGCCACCCCAGGGAUGAUGAUUAGACCCAGAUCUAAAACACUGGACAUUACCUACAGUAUGUCCAACACAGAGACAUGGGACGGCUAUGUCAACACGCUGAACGAAUUCCUGCUGCCCUACAACGACAGUAUCCAGGCAGCCAACAAUUACUUCUGCCCCCCCGGGCAGUACUUCACUCAGGACGAUAGUGACAAUGUGCGUAACAACCCGAAACGCUCGUGUCAGUUUAACCGCACCAUGCUGGAAGACUGCUCCGGGCUGGAGGAUCAAUACUACGGCUAUAGAAACGGACAGCCCUGCGUGCUGAUCAAGCUGAAUCGCGUUAUUGGGAUGAAACCGGGCGAUGGAGAAGCUCCAUAUGUCACCUGCACAGGAAAGAAAUACAAAGUGAGCAAGGAUACCUGGAAAGAAGACUCUGAUAAGAUUGGAGAGAUUGUCUAUUUUCCUCCAAAUGGCACCUUCAAUCUGAUGUACUACCCUUACUAUGGCAAACAGGCCCAGGUGAACUAUUCCCAGCCACUGGUUGCGGUGAAAUUCCUCAACUUGACCAUGAACACCGACAUUAACGUCGAAUGCAGGAUCAUGGCAAAAAACAUCAAAGUCGACAACGAGCGAGACAAAUUUGCCGGCCGCGUCUCCUUCCUAUUGAGAAUUGACAAGAUAUAAAAAAAAAAAAAAAACAUCCUGGCCCUCAUCUCCCCUUUCCUUCUGCUCCCCCAAACCAACCCCACCCCCAUAAACACCCU